CUUUCAGACGGCCAACGCUUGCCAUGCCCAGGCAUUGAGAGCCUCUAUCUCUGGGAAUCCAGGUGCGUCGGGCAUUCACAACUGCACUCUUGAUCUACCUGCUGGAGGUGAGGAGUUAACAUGCCCACCCUUCUUCUCUAAGGAGAGACUUGACCCAGGCUAAGUUGCUUUUUUUAAAGUUUAUACUCUAUUAUGUCUUAUGGGUGCCUUUGCCUGUAUAUAUAUAAAUGCAACCCAGAGCUCACCAAUGUAAACAGAGAUAGUCUUGCUGCCAGCUUGCUCUGUCUCUACCUUCUGACGUUUAAAUGAAAUUAUGCGUAGGUCACUACACCCACCCAGCUGGUAUGGGAGUUUCCGGGGAUCUGAACUCAGGCCCUCACGUUUGUACAGAAAGCACUUUAACCAUUGAGCUGUUAGGACAGUUUGUCCUCAAAUGUCUUGUAGAUCAUGGGGAAUUUGGAAUUACUGGAGCACCUUUAGGAUGCUGCAAUCCACCUUAUUGUAUGUCUCCACUGCUAAUUACUAUCCAUAGUUUGGUACUGCCCAGGAUGUCUGUCAGCCUGCCAGAGGGGACAUUAGGCUUGUUUCCAUUUUUGUGGCUGUCAGGAGCUGUCUACCAUGGUGAUUGUCACCCAUGUCACUUGGUCCUCAGGAAGUAUCUUGUCAUUGUCUCCUCCAAGCAGGACUCUGCCUUACAAUGUGACUGUCCGGCUUCAAGGUCACUCCCCAAGUGUUUUCUAAGCCAGUGUGGUCCAUUGACCCUCUGCCAUCCCUGUGGGGAGUCAUUGCCGCAGAAGCAAGGAACAUCUGGUCACAUGACAUCCACCGUCAGGAAGCAGAGCAAAUGUUCAGUUUACUUUUUCCCUUCUCAUGCAGCUGAGGACCCCGCCCACAGAGUGGCACCUCCCACUUUUAGUGUGGGUCUUCUCACCUCAGAUGAGGCCGAGGCCCAUAUUGAUUAUGAGGACAAUUUCCCUGAUGACAGAUCCGUGUCGUUCAGAGAACUCAUGGAAGACUCCCGGGCUGAGGGAGAGGAGGAAAAGGCUCAGGAGGACGCCUCUGAGGAGACACCAAAACAGGAUCGUCUGGUCUUCACUUCUGCGUCUAAAGAAAACACAGCCCAGGAGAAAACCUUUGUGCCAAUCACGGGAUCGCCCAGUGCUGGGAGCGGGGUCCGCACAGACUGGCCCAGAUCCCGCCUAAACAGGAAGUACUCACUCUGGUUUCCAGCUGAGACUUUCCACAAGUCAGAGCUGGAAAAGGAAGUGGGGGAUGAGACCAAAGAUCCACUUCCUGCUGGAGAAAAUCCCAGUGAAGGGGAACUGGUCCCAGAGGAGUCUGAAACCAGGCUGGUCUAUGCCACCACCUACAGCCCCUCGGAGCCGUUUGCGGAUAGAAAUGAGAGCAAAGCAGAGGACCCGGGGGUGAGCAGCAGUGAUGACUCCUGGUUAGAUGGCUACCCUGUGACGGAUGGGGCCUGGAGGAAGGCAGAGGCAGGGCAGGAGGAUGACGGGUCAGUGGGACUAGACGAAAGUGUUCUCAUGACCCCUAGUCAGCCUCCUGGGAGAGUUACGGAGCACAAGAGUGCCACCAUCACCACGAGCGAGUCCAUGACAUACAGCGCGACUGCUCCAUCUCAGAUGCCGGAUGCAGAGGCAUUGGUGCCAGGCCCCAUGAAUGUGUCUGAGACUGAGGGUCCCCACACCGGCGACGGUGAUUUAACCAAGUACCAAUCAACGAUACCUCGGAGAGUCACCACAGAGCGGUCUCCCGCAGCCACCUCACCCUAUGAACUCAUCACCUCCACCCAAGAGACAGUACCAACAACUCUGCAGCAGACACUUAAACUCAUCCCCUCAACGAGCAUGGAGGCCACCCAGCCCCCAGCAGAGGAGGCCACCCAGCCUCCAGCGGAGACCACAGAUCCCGAGGUUCAGGACAGCUUCCCAUACCUGCUGUCUGAGGACUUCUUGGGACAGGAGGGCCCCGGGCCCGGCGCAAGCGAGGAGAAACUCCUUCCAACCUUGGCCCCGUGCAUGGGGAACGAGUGUCCCAGCUUGCGGAGAGGCCCGGUGAUCGCCAUCAUUGUCACUGUCCUGUGCCUGCUGUUGCUCCUGGCAGCCGUGGGAGCUGUGUGGGGCUACCGGAGGUGCCAGCACAGGAGCUCUGUGUACAAGCUGAAUGCUGGACAGAGGCAGGCGAGACACUACCACCAGCAGAUUGAGAUGGAGAAAGUCUAGCCUCUGUCAGCGUGGGCUCUCACAAAGCCACCCGGAGGAAGGUUAACUAUGACCCGUCACACUGAUAUUUCUCAGGAUCGGAGGAGGAAAGGCUCACCCUCUAAAGUUCACAUCUUUCUUCUGGAGGCACCAGUGGGCAGGAAGGGUCUGGUGGCGCCAUCACACACACCAAGGUCUCUUCAGCCACAGGCCCUGGAAUGCAUUGCCCAAAUCACAGACCCCUGCUUUGGCCCUACUCCAAUACAAGGCUGGGCCGCCGUCAUCUUUGUUUAAAUCACACUAAUGUCUUUGCAUCUCUAGAGUUACAGACUCCAUGCCCUGAAACAUUUGAAUGGUUUUGAUGAGCCUGGUAUUGAGGGCCACGUUAGGAAACAUGUCCGGUUGUGGAAUGGGACAGGGAAGGAUCGUGUUUGUUUCCUUUUAUCGUGAUGCUAAAAGUCGGGAGCCUGAACAUACUUCAUAAACUCUUUCUUUUUUGUUUGUUGAAAUUGGAGAGAAUUUCAGACUGACAUUCUGCCUUGGGAUAUGAGGAGCAAAGAGGCACAUGCCCACCCCUGAUCCCGAAGUUGUGGGACGGCCCACUGUUUGCUUUAAGAACAAGGUGAACUUUGUGCUAGUGAGGACAACAUUCGGUGUCCGUCUGGGCUGUGCCUACAAAUGCUUGGGAUGGCUACCAGGGCUGAUGACAAAACCCAACUCUUAGUCUCCUCUCUCAGAAUUAACUGUUUCUCUGAACUCCAGUAAGAGGGAACAAUAUGGAAGGGGGAAAAAUGUUUGGAAAAGCUGGAAGACUAGUGUAUCAAAUAUGGGCACCAGCUCAGUGGAGACGGAGUGAAAGGAGACAUGGAUUGCCCUCGGUUGGUCUACCCUAGCCAUUUCCUGUCACGUUGACCACCUACAUGUCUUUCUAGCAAGAUGGUCCUCAGACCAGCAGCAUGUCACCGCUGGUUUGUUGGCAAUGUAAGUUCUUUAGUCUCACCCCAGACUCGGGAAGCCAAAGUCCUGGUGGGGCUGGACCAGGUCUGAGCUCAGGCUCUGAUUCAUACUAAGAGCCAAUGGCUUCCAUCAUCUGUGGCGAUCCUGGAACCCAGGAAGGCCUGGAGACAGGGAGGCAAGCACCUCCCGUGCCCUGUCUAGUUUGACCUCAGCACCUCGUCAGUGGCAUGAAAAGUGUCACCUCCAGCUGUCUCCAUCCAGGGUAUUAUCCCAGAAGUAAGCACACUAUGUUUUUCUAUCUGAAUCCCUUCCUAAAGGUGUAAAAGCGAUGGAGGCUAUGCAUCUAUUCUGAGGCACCCUGGGAGUAUCUAUUUUUAAAUGGCACAAGACAUCCUGGUACAUGCCUUUGUGGGUGGUGGUUUUACAGUGGAAAAGGAGGUGGGGCAGAGGGACUGUCUGGCAGGUGUGAGGCCCUGGGUUCAAUAUCUGGUACCACAAAAAUGAAAAAAGAGUUGGUGAUGGUAUUUUACCAAAGGAAAAGAUGUCACAAUGUAUUUCCUGUGCUGCCACGUUUGGUGAAAGCUUUGGAAAACACCAGGCUCAGUAUGACACCAUACAAAAUCCCGCCGACCGUAACUAGGUCAAAUGAAGGCCUGGGGGAGCCUGCUAGACUACCUCUGCCUCAGAGGGACUGGAGAGAAGGGAGAAGACGCUUUCUGUACGUAGCCAAAGAAGAACUCGACGGAGUAAACCCAGAGACGGUAUAUUUUUAAAGUAGAGUCUAAUCUCUUGUGAGGUAGCAGUUCUAUUUUUAUCACUAGUUAUGUAAAAUAACCUCUGUCUCCACAUGGGGAUCCUGUCAGCAACUAAAAUUAACCCGGAACACUGAAUUUAUAUCAACAUGUAAGUAGACGGUACUAAUACAAGUAUAUUAAUAAGUUUAUUGUAAAUUAUUAGCACAUGUCAAUGCAUUCUUUUGUAGACACAAUCUGUAAAGUAAGCUCAGUGCAUUAGCUCACACACUGUACUGAUUUGCUGUCAUCUAAAUAACGGUGAAAGGACAUGAGCCCACAUGUCGCAAGGGCAUGAGCACUAGCUCACUAGAAACUCAAGCUGUCACCACAAACCUUUGAGAAUGAUAAGUGCUUAUGAAAAUGGGGGAGGGAAAAGCUUUUGAUAUAUUUAAAAUAAACAGUUAUUUCCCACAGA